CUUACUUCAAGAGGAAUUAGCCUUGAUCAGUCCCGACCAUAUAAUAUGUGCUGACUGACGGCGGUUAGUGAACUACUAUUGGGCAAGUUUAUGAUGCCUCUUUUUAAGAAAGGGGGAGCAAAUAUUUCCGACUCUCGCAAAACUGAUGGAGAUAAAAAAUUAUCGAAUAAUCGCUCCGGAAGCGCUGGAACAGAAAAUACCUCACAAAUGCAUCCGUCUGUUCAAAUCCCGGAACCUCCGCGUUCUUCCAAAUCUAAUGAUAUGGCUUCUAGAACACCCCAUCCACCAAGAACAGACUCAGGACCAUCACCGCCAAUUCCUCCGCCAAAGUUUGUAUUCUAUUGUCAGUUAGCUCAUGGAAGCGCCACUGGAAAAGUGGAAGGAUUUACAAACGUGAAAGAACUCUACCAAAAAAUCGCAGAGGUCUUUAAAAUGCAGUCAAAGGAGGUUAGUGGAAACUAUAAGUAAAAGCCGAUCUAAUUAAGACUAAAGCUAAUGGAUUCGGUAGAAAUGUGUACAACUGUAUGCUUAUUAAUUUGUUGAUACGACUUUGUAUGAAAUGGUUGUGGUAUCAAGUAAGUGUCCUUGAAACAUCACUAAUUAAAGUUGAAGGCAACUUGUUGUGCACUUACGAUUUACUAAAUAAUAAAUAUAUACAUGGUACAUGUGCUUACUUUAGAUUUAAUUAUUUUUCACCACUUUAGAUCUGUGUAUAGGUCUGUGAAAGCUUACUAUUUCAUAAUUCAAUAAGUUUGGUCGAAGCUUAGCUUGAACUUGUGUAAAUAGCUCAAGCAACUUGCAUAUUGGCAGGGCGUUCUCAAUGCUGAAAAUAAAACUAAAAUCAUAGGUAAUGGUGAGAUACCAAGAAUGACCGUGAAUGAUCACAGCCAUCUUGGGACUUUGAAUUAAGAUAAGUGAAAUGUAUUUCAUUCAUUAAUUGAUUCUGUUGUACUGCACUGUGCAUCCUUACUAUGCAUAAAUUUUAUAUGAGAACACCUGUGUGAAAAUGUCUGGACAAGAGUGAAUUUGGCCAGAAAUUUUAACCUGACAUGAGACAGUAUAGCAUCAACCACACAAGAGCCAAAUGUGACAGAAAAGUAAAGAUUACGAUUUUAGGUCCUGGCUCUCAAACUAAAAAGAGGGAUAAUUAGCAUGACAAGAGCUAAAGAAAUCAUACACAACAAGAAAAAAAUUCUGACACAAUAGUCAGACACUGGCCUGACAGCACAGAAAUAAUUAGUGACAUAGUUGUCCAAAUAACUUGUCCUUACUUAAAUCUAAAUUUGGCCAUAGAGCUCAAAUAAACACAUAUAAAUAACAAGGAAAUAGUUUAUUGAUAAACUUAUCAAAUUCAGUUAAACAUCAAAAUAGACCAAAUGCACUGAUGUUUACAUGUUUAAAAUAUGAACCUUUCCUUUUUAUAUGUAGAAGAUGUGCUAAAGCUACAAAUAUCUUUUCUCAAAAUUUAACACAUUUUCAGGGACCAGUUAGUUGUAUUCUGCAUUGAGAUAAACUAUUGUAUUAAAAACUAUCACUCAUUACACCAAUCAGGUUAAGUGUAUGUAAUGUUUUUUGAUAAAUGAAAUAUUCAAGUGACACAAACCUAAAAGGAAAAUUUAUCUCUUAACAAGACGGCUAUUUCUUAUGUGAAAAUAAGGCAUAUGGAGGCAUAUAUGGCUGCAUGUCCUCUGCAAGCCACGGAAGUUUCCUCAAUCUUGCAUUUGACUUAAGGUUAUGGUAUUGGCUUUUUAUGCUGAAGUUUGAAGCAAAGUAGUCAUGUAGCCAGUAAAAAAAGGGAACAAAGUUUACAUGAUUGCAAAUUGAUUUAAUGCUACUCUAUGUUAUGGCAACUUGGUCUCACCUUGAUCCAUUCCAAUAAUGGAAAGCCAAUUAUUGCUCUCAAGGCAUUGGGACCAAAAAAAGAGAACUGUUAAGAAAAAUUAGCUUACCUAUCUGUUAAUCUUAAGGAUGGUUGGUAACUUAAUGGGCUUCUCCUCUUUAUAAGGGCCUUUGACCCUGUCUAGCCCGUUAUGGCCCAGAUGAGAGCUUAUCAUUUGUGUGGCUCUUUAGCUGGGAGCCAGACAAUUUAUUUGUCCAGCUUUGGUCACACCAAUGUCUAGUUCAUUUAAUGGUAUUCACACCAAAGUCAUACCACAUUCUAGCUCUGUUAGGCAUGAUAUAUUUAUACAGUUACUGUUCACACAAGAGACCAAAGUGGCCACUUUUAUUUUGUUCAGAGCCCAUGGGUAAGGUAAAUCACAAAAUUGGUCAUAAAAGUGCAGUUAUCCCCCAUUUUUAGUGGUGUUGUAUGUGUUUACUGAAAAUGGAUACAUGAAAACAUCUUGUGAAAGGGAAAAAAAUCAGAUAGUGGAAAAGAGAGUACAUGUGUUUUAUUGAAAUGUAAAUCUCUUUGUUCCUAAUGAUCAUGAAGAACAGCUCCCUGAAAACACCUGUUGACUGACACAUAACCAACAGGCCUCUGACAGGCUACCCCCCAGUUAUCAAUUGCUGAAUGAUAUACUAGAGUAUUAAGGUCCAAAACAAAACCUUUGGUAAUGACUGGACAACAUGCCCAGUAAGCCUAAGAUUUUGUCCCACAAUACAUUGUAAGCUUUUUUUUUCACCAAAAGUAUGGGAAACAACUUUCAUGUUGUUGGGAUUUUCAAGAAAUGAAGAAAAUUCAAAUUACAGGCAUAGGAAUUAAAUUAAAUUAAACAUGGCUCUCCAGGGAGGAAUUGUUUUUCAAACCCUGCUGCUCAAUCACUUCUUGACUUGAGGAUUCCUAAGUGUUGACCUGAAAAAUUUACAUUUCUUUCCAGAUCUUGUUUUGUACACUAAAUACAUAUAGAAUUGACAUGGAAAGGUUACUUGGAGGGCAAAUUGGACUUGAUGACUUUAUAUUUGCACAUGUCAAAGGACAAUGCAAAACUGUGACAGUGUUAAAAACAAGCCCAGCCUUGGGUCUUACCAUAACAGAUAAUGGAGCGGGUUGCGCAUUUAUCAAACGCAUCAAAGAAGGAAGCAUUGCAGAUGGAGUGGCUCAGAUUUGCAUUGGAGAUCAUAUAGAAGCUAUAAACAACACAACUGUUGUUGGUACUAGGCACUAUGAUGUAGCUCGUAUGUUAAGAGAGCUUCCAGUUGGAGAGGAAAUCAUUUUUCAGUUGAUUGAGCCUGUGAGGAGCUUUGGUAAGUCAGCACUAAGGAAGAAUGAGGAAGGAAAUAUUUAAAUUUUUCCCCCAAACAUGGUAUUUAUUGUCCUCAGACAGGGUUUUCUCUAAGGUUUUUAAGUAGCUGGAGCUUUUUUUUUUUUAAGGUAAACAGUUGUAGGUCUCAAUAUCCCAUAUAGUGGACAAAACAUCAUAUUGUUCGUACUUUCCUGCCACCACAGCAAGAUUUGUCAAAAAGAUAGUCCCCAUCAGAACAUUUUUAAACUAACCUUGAGUCAGAAGUCUUUUUAUGUUUUCAGAAAAGAUAGGCAGUGCAAAUUUAUAUUUUUAUUGAGCCCAAGUUUAGACCUGAUAAACAUCAUCUCUGUACGGGCUCUCGAAGCAAUGAAAGUAGCUGGCGAAACCUUGGGGAGAAGCUGGCAUACUUCACCGGCUGCCAGCUCUUAUCUACAACCCUGCUCAGAUCUAUAACAUAGACACCUUUUCUUUUAAGUGGAAGUUAUGGCAUAACCUUUUCUACGAUAGAAAACAUAUGGUCUGUAAAGUUGGAUCUGGUAUAGAACCUCUAUUUCCAGAGAGAAAGCUGAAAACACUCGCAUAUUGUUACAACUAGUAAUAUCAUCAACUUGGGACAUGUAUGUGUUGGUGCAAACAUUGGCUUGAUUUUUGAAAAAUUCCUAGUUGGAGAUGCUAAUUUGAAUUACUUUGUAUGCCUUUUAUUUAUUUACCAAGUUCAAGAGGUUCAGAAGUCUAGGGCUUUCCCUCCCAUGGCCACCACCACAAUUGCUAUACUGUAAUGACAUUAUUACUGUAAGGACACUUGACAAGUUGUUGCUUGAUAAGCAUCAAAAUAUCUGCAUCACAAUAAUAGUAAUAGGAGAGGGGCAAUGGGUUCUAUUAGAAACUGCAAAACAGUAGGAAAAAACCAUACAAAGAAACAACUCAAAACUGCAAAAAAAUCAACCAAAACCAAAAACUGUGCAAAACCAUCAAAGCUGAUUGACUGGAACAACUGCAAACCUUAAUGAGCACCAAAAUAUGACUUAGAAAAUCUUUAUAGCAUAUCACAUGCUAGCCACCCAAUGGGUGCAAUAGGCAGGGCAAAGUUCUUGCAACAGAGAGGAAUGUAUGAUGGUUGCAAAUAAAGGAUGGGGAAGGGGGGUGUAGAAGGGGGGCAUGGCAUAAAGGGGUCCCAUUUGUCUGAAUCUUACAUAGAUUAAGUUUGCAAGUUUUGAGUAGCAAUGGUGAGAAUUGAAAACAUCAUUGCUUGUUCUUACCUUAUGCAAAGGCCAAGCUUGAAUUGUAACUUGAUGAAAUUAAGUUCUUUUUCAUUUUGCAGAGGGUAUUGGUCCAAGGACAGGAAGUCGUGGAGCCAGUUCAUCUUCAGCUGCUAAUGCAGUAGGAAGUGGGAAGACAACUCUGCGAUUACGAUCCAAGGGUCCCCCUGUUGUGGAAACAGAAGAGGUGAUAGUCACUAUUAGGUCUAUAAAAAUGAUGUAUAGCACUGUAAUAUAAAUAUUUGCACAUUGUAAUUAAGUGAACUCUUUCCAUGGUUAGCUGGUUAGAUCAUUGCUUUUUUCUGAAAUCAUAAUUUGGUAAGAGAGCCAGAUUGGACAGACUGACUCGUUGUGAAGCAGUGUAUAUACCCUAAGCUGUCUCCAGCAACAGAGUUGUGAUCGUGGAGAAAUUUUUUCAAAGCUACACUCAUAAGAUAUUUUAGGCAUAGUUAUCAUGGUAUGAUGAUAACAUCUGGAAAUUUUAUUUUAAACAAGUUACAAUGGAUAUGUAGUGAUAUCACAUGUUGGGGGUACUUAGGGCUGGUGCCUGUUACUAAACUGAGCUCAACUCAACAAUAGGUCAAUUUAAAUGUUGGCUUUUGAAUUUCAGGUCCCAUUUCACUAAAAAGUUUUGGAAAACUACAUUUCACCACCAUCGGUUUAGCUUGCAAGUAGGCACUUGUGUUUGGCUUAGUUUCCUUUGAGUGUCCCUUUUCUGGGUAAAGCCACCUGUUAUGCCAUUUGCAGCAGCUUAUGGAAAAAGUUAUUGAAACCCAUAAUAUAGACCACAACAUUUUACUUAAUGCUUCGUUGCCAAAUGUUAGGGUGCACAUCAGGCCUGGUAUGCAUAAAUGUAUACUCUUCAUCAAAGCAUCCUUCGUUUUCCAUUUUAUGAGUCUUGCAUAGAGUAAUUUUUGCCUGUUCUUUUUUUGCUACAUACUUUCCAUUACAACUUUCUGAUCCAAAUUGUUCAGAUAGCCUUCUGGUUAAAAACUCAGGGACUGGAUGGCCAUAUUUAUUUAGCACUUGAUUCUAUAUUACAAUCACUUAAUUUUUAUCAAAUGCUGGUACCACUCAUUAUCAUCUACCCAUUAGUUUUGCAGAAUUCUUAUCUUCUUUGCAUCUUGUGAUGCAAAGUCACCUGACAGUUAUCAUACAAUAGGCCCUGUUUACAUUGAUAAAUUCUCCCAUGAUUUCUGUUGAAAUGAAACAAAGUCAGUAGAAAAAAGCUAGCUCAAGAGUUUCACUUUUUGUCUCUGAAGUUCAGUGAUGGUGAUAUUAAAAACUGAUCUCAAAUGCUGGUCUGAAAAGUAUGAAACAGUCAACAAUAUUUGCUGUUAAUGCAUGAAAAAAAAAAAAAAUUAAAGGAAGGGUUAUGGAAUAAGUAAACCCCUUUCUUGCCUGCUGGUAUGUUGGCUGAUGAUGUCCUUGACCGAGAAAUUGUCCCCAGAAUUUCCCAUUUGUCUUUGAAGCCUCACUUCCCAACCAAAUAAAUUAUUUAUUUUUUGGAAAAUAUCUUAGCUGUGGACAUUAUUAGCUAACAUGCCAGCCAACUGAAGGAGUUUAUUUUAUUACUAAAUAUUCUUUAAAGGAAAUGAAGCUCACAUGGUACAAGUUCUCUAGAGACUAUCAGCAAAAAUCCGUAGACCCAAACUUUUUUCAUGAAUAUAUACUAAUUAAGGAUUUUGUGUCAUUCAAAAAAGCUCUCUCUAUGGAGGGUAUCACUUGACGAUGGUAUUGUGAAACCCAAUGCCCAAAUUGAAUCAUUUUGACCGACAAUUUAAAUCAAAUGUAACAUAUUAGGAAAAAACUAUCUGGCUGGAGGCAUGCCAGGUGGCUAUUUACAGCAAGGCUAGAUUUCUUGAACUACGUACUACUGAGAAACUUUAGAUUGUGAUGCUUUCACCUCUUGUUUAUGUUGCCCUAGUUUACUCAAAAGCAAAUGAAGGAAAAUGUGAUUGGUACAAUUUAUUACUUUUUCCUCUAAAGGGACACAGAAAAACAACAUGAAACAGUAACAGUCUGGCUUAAGCAGCCUUAUAAGAGGGGUGGGGCUGUUCAGUGUAUUUCAACCCAAGGGGAAACAUAUGUACUGUCUGGCACAUGACUUAAUUCCUAAAUGUUGUUAUUCUAUUAAAUUGCAGGCACCUGCAUGGGAACUGAAAGCUGCUCAGAGAAUAGAUGACCUGUUGGAAAGCUUUAUUGGAAUAAGGGAUCCUGAUCUGGGUGAGCUAUUAUGAUAGAGUUACAAUUUGCCAUGCCAUAUAUUCUAACUGCUAAUAAGUAAAAUGCUCUUACUGUAAAUGGAACAUUGACACAGCAUCCAAAAAGACCUUUUUUGUGAUAAAUAUAAGAUCACAGUAACAGGUAAAAAACAAUUUCCAUUUUGGUUGCUGAAUAAAGUAAUGCCAAUGCCACUCUGGUCUUAUUUAUGAGGUGGAUUAUGUUUGAAGCCUUUGCAGAUGAUUUAACUUUCUCACUGUAGUGGGAAGUAAUAUGGCUCUCUGAUCCUUUUUUUUUCCCUCAGCUGAGACACUGGUAUUGAAGAGUAAGACAGUCUCCAAUCCAAGUGAUUUUGCUAUGGCUGUAGAUGAAGAAUUUGCAGAUUUCCAGUUCCCAGACGAUUUUAUAUUUGACAUUUGGGGUGCAGUGUCAGAUGGUAGAAGUGGAAGGUUAUAA